GUGCUCCUCUUUCGCCGCUCGGGGUUUUAAGACAUAAGGGUCGCUUGCCAAUUCAGUUCACACCUGGGCACAUUUGUCAUUUGUUCCAUAUCUGUCCCUGAAUUGUCCCUGACAUUGAUCCAGGAAUCCUAUCCUAACAUCCUUCCAAUGCCGUGCCACCAAGUCCGAAUUUCUACAAGUCGAUAAUCCUAACAUAAUCCGAAUUCCCGUCUGCUCGACAACAAAAACCGUUAACCGUUGACCGUUACCGUUCCCACUUCGCCGUGCUUAAUCUUGGAACCCCUUUGUCCGUCCUAUUACCCACUACCGCCACCUACAACUACUCAUUACCCAUUACCCGCUGCCCGUUGCCCUGGUCACGUUCGACCAUGUUUAUAGACUGAUUAGGUCUAUCAUGAGAGCCGCAUCCCUGAGCGUGCUUCUUUUAGAUAUUGGACCUGACUUUAUACACUUGACUUCGAGCUCUCCGUAUAUAAAAUAAUUUCGCGUGCUGCUGCUUUCGUUUUACUAGCGGAUGCGAUAGGAAUAGAAGGAGUUUUGUAAAAAUUAAGGAGGAGGGGAUACUUCGUUGCGACAACACAUCAUGGCUUCCUCCGCUGCAGCCGGCUUCCUCGGCCGGUCGAGUAGUAGUAGUUCGAACAUGCGUGGUCUCGUACAAUUUAUCGCCGACCUACGAAAUGCAAGAGCUAGAGACCUAGAAGAAAAGAGGAUUAAUAAAGAGCUCGCAAACAUCCGACAGAAGUUCAAGGACGGUAACCUGAGCGGCUACCAUAAGAAGAAAUAUGUUUGUAAAUUGUUGUAUAUUUACAUACUAGGUUGGAAUGUCGAUUUUGGGCAUCUUGAGGCUGUCAACCUCAUAUCGGCCAGCAAGUACUCAGAGAAACAAAUUGGAUACCUUGCCAUGACUCUAUUUCUACACGAGAAGCACGAGCUGUUACACUUGGUCGUCAACAGCAUACGGAAGGAUCUCCUUGAUCAUAACGAACUCUUCAACUGUUUGGCCCUGCACGCAAUCGCGAAUGUAGGAGGUCGGGAGAUGGGAGAAGCCCUAAGCUCAGAAGUUCACAGACUUCUGAUUUCACCGACCUCGAAAGCGUUUGUAAAGAAGAAGGCUGCCCUUACUCUCCUCCGUCUAUACCGCAAGCACCCGGACAUAAUCCAACCGCAAUGGGCGGAACGAAUAAUAUCUCUAAUGGAUGACCUCGACCUUGGUGUGGGUCUCUCGGUUACGUCUUUGGUGAUGACUGUUGCGCAAGAUAACUUGGACCAGUAUAAGGGUGCCUAUGUCAAGGCCGCUUCACGACUGAAACGGAUAUUGAUUGAUAACGACUAUACUCAGGACUACCUGUACUAUAAAGUUCCUUGUCCAUGGAUUCAAGUCAAACUGCUACGGUUGCUUCAAUAUUUCCCACCUUCAGAGGACAGCCAUGUUCGUGAGAUGAUCCGGGAAUCGUUACAGAAGAUUCUGAAUUUGGCGAUGGAGACGAAUAAGAACGUCCAACAGAACAAUGCUCAGAACGCUGUUUUAUUUGAGGCUAUUAACCUCAUUAUCCACCUGGACACGGAACAUGCAUUGAUGAAGCAAAUAUCUACCCGCCUAGGUCGCUUCAUAACGUCUAGGGAGACGAAUGUCCGAUACUUAGGCCUGGAAGCCAUGACUCACCUGGCAGCUCGAGCUGAGAAUCUCGAUCCUAUCAAGCAACACCAAGAAGUGAUCCUUGGAUCACUCAAAGACCGAGACAUCAGUGUGCGCAGAAAGGGUCUCGAUUUGCUAUAUAGUAUGUGCGAUUCGACUAAUUCUGCGCCCAUUGUCUCGGAGUUAUUGCACUACCUACAGAAUGCCGAUUUUGCUAUUCGAGAAGAGAUGGCUUUGAAGAUUGCAAUUUUGACAGAGAAGUACGCUACUGAUAUCCAGUGGUACAUAAAUGUGUCCCUUCGGCUGGUAGCCAUUGCGGGAGACCAUCUUAGUGACGAGGUUUGGCAACGAGUUAUCCAGAUUGUGACGAAUAAUGAGGAGCUGCAGGUAUAUGCGGCACAUAAUACCCUUCAGCACGUCAAGCAAGACCAUUGCCACGAGACUCUAGUAAAAAUCGGUGCCUAUAUUCUUGGAGAAUUUGGCCAUUUGAUUGCGGAGGAGCAGGGAUGCAGUCCCAUCGAGCAAUUCAUGGCAUUAUCUAGAAAGCUGCCUGCGUGUUCUUCGAGCACACGCGCUAUGAUUCUUUCGUCGUUCGUCAAAUUCGUUAACUUGUUCCCCGAGAUUAAGCCUCAACUUCUCCACGUUUUCGAGAUAUAUAGUCACACGUUGGACCCUGAAUUGCAACAACGAGCAUUCGAGUACUUGACGCUCGCUAGUCUUCCGACGGACGACUUGCUCCGUACGGUCUGCGAUGAAAUGCCGCCGUUCCCUGAACGACAGUCUGCACUCCUGUCGAGACUCCACCAGAAGCACGCCGGUACUAGUGAUAAGCGGACGUGGGUGGUUGGCGGCAAGGAUGCAAACAAUGAUGUUACGGAGCUGAACAUGGCUAAGAAUCCCGGUUUAAGGAGGACUUUCAGCUCCAAUGGCCCGGUGAACGGUAACGGGGUAGCAAACGGUGCCGCAAAUGGUGCUAACGGCCAUUCCAAUUCCAAUGACCUUGCCGGUCUUGAUAUGAACGCAGGGCCUGUCCCGGAGAAGUUGCUCAAAGCACCAAACUUGGCCAGCGCCGCACAUCUAUCACCUGGUUGGGAGUCGGGUUACAACAAACUGUUACUUAAGGCUGAUGGUGUACUCUUCGAAGAUGGGCAGAUCCAAAUCGGUAUCCGUUCCGAAUACAGAGGGCAGAUGGCAUGUCUCAUUUUGUAUUUCACGAAUAAGACACCUGCUACCGUAAGCUCCUUUACGACGACACUCGAUCUGGACGAGAGCGAGAAGCAAAAUCUGACCUGGGAUGUGAAGACUAUGCCUGAUAGCUCUAUUAUGAAUGGUGGCCAAUCACGGCUGAUCAUCAUGUUCGAGGCAAAGAAGGUCUUCACUAAGAGUCCCACUAUCAGAAUAAGUUACCUCGCAGGCGCCUUACAAGCGCUUACCCUCAUGCUCCCGCUUACCGCCCAUAAAUUUAUGGAUCCUGCAGAUCUCACAGCGGAUGACUUCUUCAAGAGAUGGAAGCAAAUCGGUGGCGCACCACGUGAAGCUCAACAGAUCAUUGGCCUCGCCCCAGGUAAAGCUGGAUCUCGAGAGAUCACCGAAAGUUUUGUUCGAAAGACUAUCGAAGGAUUCCGUUGGGGAAUUCUAAGAGGUGUUGAUCCUAAUAGCAAGAAUUUUGUCGGGGCAAGCGUAAUGCAUACCUCUGAGGGGGGCAAGUUUGGCUGCUUAAUGAGACUAGAGCCAAACUACACUUCACAGAUGUUCCGACUAACGAUUCGAGCUACGGAUGAGAGUGUACCUCCUGUACUCUUGAAAAUGAUGGAGGAGCAAAUGUCCAAAGGGGUCUCAACAGCACCAGAACUACGGGAAGGGCCUACACGGCGGGAAAUAUCAGAUACCUUCGGUAAUAUAAUGGUGCAAUAAAGGACCCGGUAGAAUAGGGGGAAGACAGAAAAGAAGGUGGUAAUACUUUGGAAGGGGUUUCAAGAAGAGUUAUGAUUCCAAGUUCCAGAUUCCACUUUGGAAAAUUCAAGUUAAGCAAGUUAUGCGGUAUUUGUGCAUUUCCAACCCGAGCGAGAGAGGAGUUCAUUAGGUAGCAUGUGAUCAAAACAUCUCAUGUAUCAAGCAAAGAUGGCUGUGUUUUGUGUUUUGUGUUAUUGGAAAGUAAAUGGGUACCUACCCCUAUUUGAUUGUUGGAUAUCCUUUAAGUGUCUAUAAGUCCCCAGGGAAAUUCUGAGCUAAUGUAUAGG